AUGCUACUAAUAUCCAAAUAUUCAUCAUUAAACCUCCCAAACUGUCUUCUGUAUUCUGAUUGGUAUGAUUUCAUUGUCAAUCUCACCAAAUACUUUAGUCAUGAUCUCAGAAAAGCAAUUUGCGUAAUCUGCAAUUUAUUUUCAGUUCUGCUCAGAGAGGAAGAACAAGAAGAAAUAGUUGAUUGGUUGGAGAACACUUUGGGAGACUUGAAAACCCCUCAAAUUUCAUUCGAAUUCUCUACCAUAAAAAUAUCUGACGACGAUCUUGACAGCACGAUAAAGUCAACAGUUUGUGGAAGACUAUCCGAAAAUAUAUCGUUGAUAAUCGACGUAACUUGGUCCGGUAUAUCAGAAGUUGGUGUACUAGCGAAAAAAUUGUAUGUUCCUUACUUGAGACUAGAUCUCUCCAUUAGCCCAUUCUUGGUUUCGCUAGAUGAAUACCUGGAUUACCGGAAUUCUACCGAUGUGGUGCUUAUUUUCGACGACGCUUCUUAUACCAAUCAAUUGUUGUUUUCCUGGAUAGAUUCGAAUAGAAUGAGGAUGUUGGUUUCAGAAAAAUUAGAUACUGCCGUUGCGAAGAAGUUGAAGAAAAUUAGACCGAUACCCAAUAAUUUUGCCCUGAUUGCUGGUACGCAAAAUAUGAUGCAACUGUUUCAAAAGGCCUUGGAUGAAGGUCUGGUCACUUUACCAGAACGCUGGAACCUAGUUUUCACCGAUUUCCAGCAUCAAAAUUUCGACAGAAAACUGAUAUACGGAAAACCCAUAAAUUUACUAACCUUGGACGAAAGAGUUUGUUGCAAUUUCAUCGGCAAGUCGCCCAGUUGCUCCUGUCCUCGAAAAUUCAAUCUGCAACAAGAAUUUCUGGUUGCCCUUCUCGAAGAAAUCCAACGGAUUUUCCUCAAGCUCAAGAAUGAGGGCUACCAAAUCAGCGAUGGCGCAGAUUGCGAAGAAGGGUCUUUCAACUUGGAUCUGAGCAAAAAAUUCGAUAAAUUAUUUCACGACGUUUUGAAGAGUAGCGAUCGGUUCUAUGAAAAUAGGGGGGUUGUGAGGGUGAAGAUUUAUGGGAAUGUGGAGGUUGGAACGAAAGUUUCUUCUGAGAUUGUAGCAUCCUUCGAUGAUUCUGACGGUAUAAAAGUCGCUCCUGGGAAAAAUAUAAAGGCGGUCAAGGCUUACUAUAGAAUUGGUAUCACACAUGCAUUACCGUGGUCUUACAAAGAAAUCGAUGAUGAUGGUAAUUCAUAUUGGACCGGAUACUGUGUUGAUUUUGCACGUAAAUUGUCCCAGGAUAUGAAUUUUGAUUUUGAAUUUGUUGAACCUGAAGAUGGUACAUUCGGGGAGAAAGUUAAUGGAAAAUGGAAUGGAGUAGUGGGUGAUCUUUACAGAGGGGAAACAGACAUAGCUAUAACAGCUCUCAUAAUGACUGCCGAUAAAGAGGAAGUCAUUGAUUUUAUUCCACCAUAUUAUGAGCAAACAGGAAUUUCGAUAGUUAUGAGAAAACCUGAUAGGAAAACGUCCCUUUUCAAAUUCAUGACUGUGCUUAAGUUAGAGGUUUGGCUCAGCAUAGUUGGAGCAUUGAUAGUUACUGGAUUCAUGUUGUGGUUUGUCGAUAAAUAUUCGCCAUACAGUGCUAGGAACAACAAAAAGGCAUAUCCUUAUCCCUGCAGAGAAUUCACACUGAAGGAGAGCUUUUGGUUUGCUUUGACUUCUUUCACUCCCCAAGGAGGAGGUGAAGCUCCAAAAUCACUUUCAGGUAGAACGUUGGUGGCAGCCUAUUGGCUCUUCGUAGUGCUCAUGCUAGCCACUUUCACGGCCAAUUUGGCCGCUUUCCUCACAGUAGAAAGGAUGCAGACUCCGGUUCAGUCUUUGGAGCAGCUAUCUCGUCAGUCACGUAUAAAUUAUACUGUUGUGCAAGAUUCGGAUACACACAAGUACUUCAUCAACAUGAAGCAUGCUGAGGACACUUUAUAUAGGAUGUGGAAAGAGUUGACACUGAAUUCGUCUACUGACGAUGCACAGUACCGCGUAUGGGACUAUCCAAUAAGGGAGCAAUACGGCCACAUUUUGAUAGCGAUCAACGAUUCUAAUCCAGUGGCAAACGCUUCGGAAGGCUUCAGACUAGUGAACGAACACAUCGACGGCGAUUUCGCCUUCAUACACGAUUCUUCCGAGAUCAAAUAUGAGAUCAGCAGAAACUGUAACCUGACAGAGGUGGGAGAGGUGUUUGCUGAAAAACCCUAUGCUGUGGCAGUGCAGCAGGGGAGUCAUAUCCAAGAUGAUCUGAGUAGAGCGAUUCUAAAUCUGCAAACUAACAGAUUUUUCGAAGAACUUCAAGCGAAAUACUGGAAUCAUUCUGUUAAAGGUGAUUGCCCAAAUGCUGACGACAACGAGGGAAUUACACUUGAGAGUUUGGGGGGUGUGUUCAUCGCAACUCUAUUUGGAUUGGUCCUAGCAAUGAUAACUCUAGUUGGUGAAGUAAUAUACUACAGAAACAAGAGGAAGAAGAAUGAACAAGUCCAAACACUACAAAUCAAGCCAUCCCCGGACAUGAAGGAGACUUUCAAGAACAACAUAAAACUGAUCAGUCCGGAAACAAUCACUAUUGGAAAAGAGUUCAAACCUUCGAGUUUCAAUAUGAUCAAUUCGGAACUCAUCAAGCCUCCCAAGAUGUUGUACCCGCGAUCAAGGAAUCGUGUACAUCAAACCAAUAUCAGAAACGCCAUUCCGGUGAAUGAGUGAAUCUGAAACAGCAAGCAGCAUUACAGAUUUUAACUGGAAAAUAUAGUUUUUCAUUGUUAGAAUUUAAGUCAGCUCGAAUUGAUAACCAAAA